AUGAAGGUGGGCGGCGGUCUGUGCACGCUGAACGUUGGCGGCCGCAGGUUCCUGUUCUCUGCAGAGCUGCUGCAGCGCCUCCCUCUGAGCAGGCUGAGCCGGCUGCAGCGCUGCGUGACGGAGAGCGAGCUGCUGGAGCUCUGCGACGACUACGACCGCGACAGGAACGAGUUCUUCUUCGACCGCCACUCCGAGGCGUUCGGCUUCAUCGUGCUGUACCUGCAGCGCGGCUCGCUGCGCCUGCUGCCGCACAUGUGUGAGCUGUCCUUCUACAACGAGAUGCUGUACUGGGGCCUGGAGAGCUGCCACCUGCUGCCCUGCUGCCAGCGCCGCCUCCAAGACCGCGCCUCCGACUGCUUCAUCCACCUCCUCCCUGGGGAGGAGCUGGGCCCCAGGGAGGAGCUGGGCCCCCGGGAGGAGCCGCGGGGCCGCUGGCUGGAGAGGAUGAGGAGGACGUUGGAGGAGCCCACCUCCUCGGUGGCGGCGCAGGUCCUGGCCUCGGUGUCGGUGCUGUUCGUCCUCGUCUCCAUGGUGAUGCUGUGUGCCAGCACCUUACCGGAUUGGACAACUGCAGAGACGCUGGACCAGCACAGGUAGGACCGCUCUGUCCUCUCUCUCUCUGAUUGGUUGUCCAGGGUCAUAGAGGCGGUGUGUAUUGGCUGGUUCACCGCUGAGUGUCUCGUCCGUUUCAUCGUGUCUCGGGAUAAAUGUGAGUUCAUCAGUCGUCCUCUGAACAUCAUCGACCUUCUGGCCAUCACACCGUACUACGUCUCAGUUACCGUGACGAUCCUGACGGGGGAGAACUCGCAGCUGCAGCGGGCCGGCGUCACGCUGCGUGUGCUGCGCAUCAUGAGGAUCUUCUGGGUGAUCAAGCUGGCGCGUCACUUCCUGGGGCUGCAGACGCUCGGCCUGACGCUGCGCCGCUGCUACCGCGAGAUGGUGAUGCUGCUGGUCUUCGUCUUCGUCGCCAUGGCGAUCUUCAGCGCACUGGCCCAGCUGCUGGAGCACAGCCUGGACCUGGAGGCCAGCAACCAGGACUACGCCAGCAUCCCCGCCGCCUGCUGGUGGGUCAUCAUCUCCAUGACGACGGUGGGCUACGGGGACGUGUACCCGGUGACGGUGGCGGGCCGCGUGCUGGGCGGAGUCUGCGUGGUGAGUGGCAUCGUGCUGCUGGCGCUGCCCAUCACCUUCAUCUACCACAGCUUCAUCCAGUGCUACACCGAGCUGAAGCUCCGCUCCGCCCGCUCCGCCCUCUCCGCCCGCUCCGCCCGCAGCCUGUCUCACGAGUUCAUCAGCUGA